CCAGGCGGUGGAUGGGGAAACAAAACGUGGCCAGUCCCCACACGGGAGUACGAGCUCAGCCGUGAAGAGGCACGAGGCCCUGACGCCCACCAGCACAGACGGACCUUGGAAACCUCACACUGAGCGAAAGAAGCCAGACACGAAAGGCCACAGAAGCCUGCUGAGGGAUGCCCAAGAAGUUCCAGGGUGAGAACACCAAGUCGGCAGCGGCCCGGGCGCGGAGGGCUGAGGCCAAGGCAGCAGCCGAUGCCAGGAAGCAGAAGGAGCUGGAGGAUGCCUACUGGAAGGAUGAGGACAAACACGUCAUGAGGAAGGAACAGCGCAAGGAGGAGAAGGAGAAGCGGCGCCUGGAGCAGCUGGAGCGCAAGAAGGAGACACAGCGCCUGUUGGAGGAGGAGGACUCCAAGCUCAAGGGCGGCAAGGCCCCCAGGGUGGCGGCGCCCAGCAAGGUCACCCGCGCCCAGAUUGAGGAGACGCUCCGCCGAGACCACCAACACAAAGAAGCCCCGGAGCCAGCCGAGAAAGCCAAGAGCCACUUGGAAGUGCCGCUGGAGGAGAAUGUGAACCGCCGGGUGCUGGAGGAGGGCAGCGUGGAGGCGCGCACCAUCGAGGACGCCAUCGCGGUGCUCAGUGUGGCGGAGGAGGCCGCGGACCGGCACCCGGAGCGCCGCAUGCGGGCCGCCUUCACCGCCUUUGAGGAGGCGCAGCUGCCGCGGCUCAAGCAGGAAAACCCCAACAUGCGGCUGUCGCAACUGAAGCAGCUGCUCAAGAAGGAGUGGCUACGGUCGCCAGACAACCCCAUGAACCAGCGCGCCGUGCCCUUCAAUACCCCAAAGUGAGCCCAGAACUAGGGGAGCCGCCCCGCAGGCGGUCAGGGUCAUGACCUCACACGCCGUCCCGCUGGGUCAGCUGCGUAGGCCGCAGAAGGGUCGGGGCUGAGGCGAGUGUCCUGGGGGCUACGUGGGUGGCAUCACCGGUCAUGCCUCCCACCGGAGAGUCCCUGCUUCAAGUGACACCCACCACCCCCUUCCUGCGCCCACGGAGCCCUGGGGCUGAUGCCCAAUAAAGGCAGUUGGUGAGGCAGA